AUGAAGCUUUCCUCCGCUUGUGCUAUUGCCUUGCUGGCUGCACAUGCUGCUGGGGCGUCCAUUAAGCAUCGGAUCAAUGGCUUUACUCUCACGGAGCAUUCUGACCCGGCCAAGCGGGAACUGUUGCAGAAAUACGUCACUUGGGAUGAUAAAUCCCUCUUUAUCAAUGGCGAAAGAAUCAUGAUCUUCAGUGGCGAGUUCCACCCAUUCCGACUACCAGUAAAAGAGCUCCAGCUUGACAUCUUCCAAAAGGUCAAGGCGCUAGGAUUCAACUGCGUAUCCUUCUAUGUCGACUGGGCUCUCGUUGAAGGAAAACCCGGGCAAUACAGGGCAGAUGGCAUUUUUGAUCUGGAGCCGUUCUUCGACGCGGCCUCGGAAGCAGGUAUCUAUCUGCUCGCUCGUCCGGGCCCGUACAUCAACGCAGAGAGUUCCGGUGGCGGAUUCCCGGGGUGGUUGCAGAGGGUUAAUGGCACCCUCCGCACAAGCGACAAGGCCUACUUGGAAGCUACUGAUAACUACGUUUCUCACAUCGCUGCAACCAUUGCCAAGUAUCAGAUUACCAAUGGCGGUCCGAUUAUCCUGUAUCAGCCCGAGAAUGAGUACACUAGUGGCUGCUGCGGUGUCGAGUUUCCCGAUCCGGUGUACAUGCAGUACGUUGAAGACCAGGCUCGUAAUGCCGGUGUCGUGAUCCCGUUGAUCAACAACGAUGCUUCGGCUUCGGGGAACAACGCUCCUGGAACUGGUAAGGGGGCAGUUGACAUUUACGGCCAUGAUAGCUAUCCGCUUGGAUUCGACUGUGCGAACCCUACGGUAUGGCCCUCGGGUGACCUGCCUACCAACUUCCGUACCCUUCAUCUUGAGCAAAGCCCGACAACGCCAUAUGCGAUAGUUGAGUUCCAAGGUGGUUCGUACGACCCUUGGGGAGGACCCGGUUUCGCUGCGUGCUCUGAACUCCUGAACAAUGAGUUCGAGAGAGUGUUCUAUAAGAACGACUUCAGCUUCCAAAUUGCCAUUAUGAACUUGUACAUGAUCUUUGGUGGAACUAACUGGGGCAACCUCGGUUAUCCUAACGGAUACACCUCCUACGACUAUGGUUCGGCUGUGACUGAGUCCCGCAACAUCACCCGCGAGAAGUACAGUGAACUUAAGCUUCUUGGCAACUUCGCCAAAGUGUCUCCGGGUUAUUUGACGGCCAGUCCUGGCAAUCUGACAACUUCCGGAUAUGCUGAUACCACGGACCUGACUGUAACGCCUCUGCUCGGAAACAGCACUGGCUCUUUCUUCGUGGUCAGACAUUCGGACUACAGCAGCGAGGAUUCAACCUCAUACAAGCUUCGCCUUCCUACCAGUGCUGGUACCGUGACUAUUCCUCAGCUUGGUGGCACGCUCACGCUUAAUGGUCGCGAUUCGAAAAUUCACGUGACAGACUACAAUGUCUCUGGAACGAACAUUAUCUACUCUACCGCCGAGGUCUUUACCUGGAAGAAGUUCGCCGACGGAAAGGUUCUCGUGCUUUACGGAGGUGCAGGUGAGCACCACGAACUUGCCAUUUCGUCCAAAUCGAACGUCACGGUUAUCGAAGGAUCCGAGUCUGGUAUUUCGUCAAAGCAGACCUCGUCUGUUGUUGUAGGCUGGGAUGUGUCGACCACUCGCCGCAUCAUCCAAGUUGGCGACCUGAAGGUUCUUCUCCUUGACAGGAACUCUGCCUAUAACUACUGGGUACCUCAACUUGCGACAGAUGGCACUUCACCAGGGUUCAGCACCCCGGAGGCGGUCGCCUCAUCCAUCAUCGUCAAAGCGGGCUACCUUGUUCGGACUGCGUACCUGAAGGGCAGCGGACUUUACCUCACCGCAGACUUUAACGCAACCACUUCCGUUGAAGUCAUCGGUGUCCCGUCUACGGCUAAGAAUCUAUUCAUCAAUGGAGAUAAGACGUCGCACACCGUCGACAAGAACGGGAUCUGGUCAGCCACUGUCGAAUACAAUGCCCCUGAUAUCUCUCUUCCCAGCCUGAAGGACUUGGACUGGAAGUAUGUCGACACCCUUCCUGAGAUCCAGUCAUCCUACGAUGAUUCUCUCUGGCCUGCCGCGGAUCUCAAAGAGACCAAGAAUACGCUUCGUUCUCUGACGACUCCUACCUCUCUGUACUCAUCCGAUUACGGGUUCCACACCGGUUACUUGCUCUACCGCGGACACUUUACCGCCACAGGCAACGAAAGCACCUUUUCGAUCGAUACACAGGGUGGAUCAGCGUUCGGAAGCUCUGUCUGGCUGAACGGAACCUACCUCGGGUCUUGGACCGGUCUCUACGUGAACUCCGACUACAACGCCACCUACAAAUUGCCUCAACUCCAGGCAGGCAAGUCGUAUGUGAUCACCGUCGUGAUCGACAACAUGGGCCUCGAGGAGAACUGGACCGUUGGUGAGGAUGAGAUGAAGACCCCGCGUGGUAUCCUGAACUUCCUGCUUGCUGGGCGUCCGGGCAGUGCCAUCAGCUGGAAGCUGACCGGAAACCUCGGCGGUGAAGACUACGAAGACAAGGUUCGCGGUCCCCUGAACGAGGGCGGUCUCUACGCUGAGCGCCAAGGCUUCCACCAGCCGGAGCCCCCGAGUCAGAACUGGAAGUCUUCCAGCCCUCUUGAGGGACUUUCCGAGGCAGGAAUUGGUUUCUACAGCGCCAAGUUUGACCUUGACCUUCCCAAGGGAUGGGACGUGCCGCUGUUCCUCAACAUCGGCAACAGCACUACGCCAUCCCCGUACCGCGUGCAAGUCUACGUUAACGGAUACCAGUAUGCUAAAUACAUCAGCAACAUCGGACCUCAAACCAGCUUCCCUGUUCCUGAGGGAAUUCUGAACUACCGUGGAACGAACUGGUUGGCGGUGACCUUGUGGGCUCUCGACUCCGCCGGAGGCAAGUUGGAAAGCUUGGAGUUGAGCUACACCACUCCGGUGUUGACUGCUCUUGGAGAAGUUGAGUCGGUUGAUCAACCCAAGUACAAGAAGCGGAAGGGUGCAUACUAG